AUGUCGCCAUUGAUCAGCAGCGUCGCCACGCCCCCUGCCCCUACUACUAAGUCGAUGAGCACCUUCCCACAGUAUAACGGUCUCCAGAAGUGCCCCUGGAAACCUGGUGAUGGUCUCGAGGGCUGUCCACAUAGGACAUUCGGUCGUACCUCCAAGUCGUCGGCUGCUGGGAGUGGCAAUGUGGUUAACAGCGCAUUGGAGUUGGUGGGGAGCACGCCUAUGGUGAAGUUAGAGCGAAUUAUGGAGGAAUUUGAUCUACCAUGUGAGCUGUGGGCUAAGGCUGAGUACUUCAACCCAGGGGGUAGUGUCAAGGAUAGGAUCGCCCUAAGGAUGAUAGAGGCUGCUGAGGAGGAGGGCAGGAUCAGACCAGGGGAUACCCUCAUCGAGCCUACUAGUGGUAACACUGGUACGGGUCUGUGUCUGGCGGCCGCCAUAAAGGGGUACAAAAUGGUCGUCACAAUGCCGGAGAAAAUGAGUGGAGAGAAGGUAAAUAUGAUGAAGUGCCUGGGCGCUGAGAUACUACGGACCCCUAAUGAGGCGGCGUGGAACACCCCGGAAUCUCAUAUAGGCUUGGCUAUCAAAUUGCAGAGGGAAAUACCCCGUAGUCAUAUACUGGAUCAGUAUUUAAACCCUGCUAACCCGAUGGCACACUACGAGGGGACGGGCGCGGAGAUCAUCGAGCAAUGCGAUGGGAAGGUGGACGUGAUGGUCCUGGGCGCGGGCACUGGGGGUACUAUAACGGGAGUGGCGAGGAAGCUGAAGGACGUCCUCGGGGAUCAAUGUCUGGUCGUUGGAGUUGAUCCAGUGGGGUCGAUUUUGGCAGUGCCGGACUCGCUGAACGACCCGGGCAGAUUGGAGGGAUAUCAGGUGGAAGGCAUUGGUUAUGAUUUCAUACCUACAGUGCUCGACAGAGAUCCCAGUGUGAUAGAUGAGUGGAUGAAGGUUGGCGAUCCCGAGGCCCUAGCCAUGGCCAGGAAGCUCAUCCGACUGGAAGGUCUAACCGUCGGGGGAAGCUCGGGGACAUGCGUGGCUGCUGCGGUUCGCUAUAUAAAGUCGAAGACGCCCGAAGAAAUAGUCGGCAAAAGGGUCGUGACGUUGCUACCCGAUUCCUCUCGAAAUUACAUGUCUAAGGUGGGCCGCAUUGAACCGUAG